GCCUCCACUUCUCUCUCUCUUCUUUUUCUUCUUUCCAGGGGAUUUAUUUCCAUUUAUUUUUCUCGUUUUUCUUUUGGUGAUGGAAGUUCGCCGGCGACCUCCGAUGAGGUCAGUCCGGCAAUCAUCAACGACCUCGGCAGGCGAACCUCCAGUGAAGCAUCUUAAACCCUCGGAUGCACUGCCACUGCCUCUCUACCUUACAAAUGGGAUAUUCUUCGCCUUGUUUUUCUCCGUGGCCUACUUCCUCCUCCACCGUUGGAGGGAGAAGAUCCGUACGUCAACUCCUCUGCAUGUUCUCACCCUCUCUGAAAUCGCUGCCAUCGUUUCCAUGCUGGCGUCUGUUAUCUAUCUGUUGGGUUUCUUUGGCGUGGACUUCGUCCAAUCUUUGGUCACCCGGCCUUCGGGUGAUGUUUGGGACGCGGAAGACGAGCCCCACGGCGCCAUCCUCGAGGAAGACAGUCGACCCGGGCCUUGCGCGGCAGCCAUUGAUUGUUCUCCGCCUCCGAAGGUGGCGGAUGUUGCUCCUGUGACGGUUUUUUCGUCAGAGGAGGAAGAGGAGAUGAUCAGAUCGGUGGUGGCGGGGUCUGUUCCAUCCUACUUGCUGGAGUCAAAACUGGGUGAUUGUAAGAGAGCGGCAGCGAUCAGAAGGGAGGCCUUGCAGAGGACCACAGGGAGGUCUCUGGCGGGGCUGCCCUUGGAUGGGUUCGACUACGAGUCGAUACUGGGGCAGUGUUGCGAGAUGCCGGUUGGGUACGUGCAGAUUCCGGUGGGGAUAGCGGGGCCGCUGCUGCUGGACGGAAGGGAGUACUGGGUGCCAAUGGCGACGACGGAAGGGUGUCUGGUGGCAAGUACCAACAGGGGGUGUAAGGCCAUUUUCACUUGUGGAGGAGCCAGUUCCAUGGUGUUGAGGGACCGCAUGACCAGGGCUCCCGUUGUCAGGUUUCCCACCGCCAGCAGGGCAGCCGACUUGAAGCUCUUUGUCGAGGACCCUAUCAAUUUCGACACUCUGGCCGUUGUUUUCAACAGGUCAAGCAGAUUUGCAAGGCUGCAAGGCAUCCAUUGCGCCAUUGCAGGGAAGAAUCUGUACAUGAGGUUUGGCUGCAGCACUGGUGAUGCAAUGGGUAUGAACAUGGUCUCCAAAGGAGUCCAAAACGUCCUGGAUUUCCUUCAAACCGAUUUCCCUGACAUGGAUGUCAUCGGCAUCUCCGGAAACUUCUGUUCAGACAAGAAGCCAGCUGCAGUGAACUGGAUUGAAGGGCGUGGGAAGUCGGUUGUAUGCGAGGCAAUAAUUGGGGAUGAGGUUGUGAGGAAGGUGUUGAAGACCAGUGUGGCUGCUCUGGUGGAGCUUAACAUGCUCAAGAACCUUACAGGGUCAGCAGUGGCUGGCGCCCUUGGGGGCUUCAAUGCCCAUGCCAGCAAUAUUGUCUCUGCAGUUUAUAUAGCAACUGGCCAGGAUCCUGCUCAGAAUGUAGAGAGCUCCCACUGCAUCACAAUGAUGGAAGCUGUGAAUGAUGGGAAGGACCUUCAUAUCUCAGUCACCAUGCCUUCCAUUGAGGUGGGUACGGUGGGAGGUGGCACCCAACUGGCAUCUCAGUCAGCUUGCCUGAACCUACUAGGUGUAAAGGGUGCAAGCAAAGAGUCUCCAGGGUCAAACUCAAGGCUCUUGGCCACCAUUGUAGCUGGUUCUGUUCUUGCUGGAGAACUCUCCCUCAUGUCCGCCAUUGCAGCCGGCCAGCUUGUCAAGAGCCACUUGAAAUAUAACAGAUCCAGCAGAGAUGUCUCUAAAAUUGCUUCCUAAAGGGGCAAAAACAAAAAAAAUACCCCACUUUGUUUUUAUACAACAGAAGCUCUUCCCUUGGGUGGGGGCUGUAGGAGGCGGUGGGUUGAGUGCUGAAGACUAGAACAAAGAGAUGGCAUGUGAAGGAAGAAGAAAACAACAAGAUCUGUUGUGUAUUCUUUUUAUGUAAACUGUGAACCAUGUGAUGCCGGGACUGGCUCUCCUUGGUAAAUGUAUAAAAGAAUAAAAAAAGGGAAAAAAGCCUGCUAUAGAGCAAUUGUUGAGGAGAGAAGUUGGCAGUAUCGUGGGUUGUUUUAUCGUGUGUCUCGUAAUGCCUCUUGUUGCAUUAAGGGAUUUUCCAGUAUUUGGUGUCUUUCGUGUGCCAGUGCAUCUGUACUGUAGUGUUCAUGUGCAGUGUCAUUAGCUUGUAUUUUAGGAAGAAGCCAUCUCAUAUUAAAAAGGGGAUUUUAGAUCCUGUUUAAA